GGUGCUGUGGAGCAGAGGCAGAUGUCAACAAACAGCAGCAGUAAAACAAACAAGUGUUGUUUACAGUCGACAGAAGCUGCAGUUUGAAAACCAGUGACGGUCACCUUAAUGACACGUCAGGUCAUCACAGCUGAGCUUCAGGCUAAAGCUGCUGCAAAAGCUGACAAUAUCUAGACGUUAAACGAUGAAACACACACACAAUUUUACAAUUUUCCAAGUCUGAAUCACCCGUGACCAUGUGCGGCGGCUCUUGUGAGAUCCAGAGAACUCUUUACCUGGAAAGGAGUCAGAGAAAGAUCCAGAUGACGGCAGCACAGAAACAGAGAAAGAAAACGUGUGCGCUGUGGCGAUCCACAUCUGGCCUUCAUCAGCCACAUCAACUCAGACCUGGCGUUUGAAGAGACAGCUGACUUCGUGGAACCGAGCAGGAAAUGUUGCCUCUCCGAGCACCUUCUCAUCACCAGGAGCCGUUUUUACCUUUGCGGCUGGUCUGCAGCCUCGUCACAGUCACGCACAGAGGAGGGGAAACGGUGGAGGUAGAUCAUUCUUGCUGAUCCCAGCACCUUUUGGUUAUUAAGGCGGGGGGGGGAGAGAGAGAGCACCACCACCACCAUCCACCACCACGACCACCUCCUAGAUCGGUUCCCUCCUCCUCCCUUUUUUUUUUUUUUUUUUUUUUUGCCAAUCGCCAUCCCACGGCAGGCAGGCAGCCUUACCCCGGAGGAAAAAAGGGAGUCGGGGAGGGGAAAGCGAGGACACACCCGCACAUACUGUACCCGGUGAACACGGCGGAGGAUGCUGCAGACAACAUGAGACUUGAGGAGCCGAUUGUCGCAGCUUUUUUUCACCCCCCUCCACCAGCAGCAGCAGCAGCAGCAGCAGCACCUUCCCCUGGCACCAGUGUCCAGCAGGAGCAUCACCUCACAUCAGAUAUGAAGAAGAAGAUGUCUGCAGUCAGAUCCUAGGUGACAUCCUGUGGCCGUCAGGUCUUUACGGUGUUGAGCCCCCUCCCUCUCCUGGCCCCUGCCUGCAGUUCCCCAGGCUGCAGGACCCAGACUCUCUGAAAAGUGCAGGCCUCCUCCCCCUGCAGAAUGACUGUUGCCACAGGCGACCCCUCUGACGAGGCGGCGGCACACCCGGGCCACCCGCAGGACUACGACCCGGAGGCCGACCAUGAGUGUUGCGAGAGGGUGGUCAUCAACAUCUCAGGGCUGCGCUUUGAGACUCAACUCAAAACCCUCUCCCAGUUCCCCGAGACUCUGCUGGGGGACCCCAAAAAGAGGAUGCGCUACUUUGACCCGCUGAGGAACGAGUACUUUUUCGACAGGAACAGGCCCAGCUUUGACGCCAUAUUGUAUUAUUACCAAUCAGGGGGGCGGCUAAGAAGGCCGGUCAACGUCACCCUUGAUAUUUUCUCAGAGGAGAUUCGCUUCUACGAGCUGGGCGACGAGGCCAUCGAGAUAUUCAGAGAAGACGAGGGUUUCAUCAAGGAGGAGGAGAGGCCUCUUCCCGACAAUGAGUUUCAGAGACAGGUGUGGCUGCUGUUCGAGUACCCAGAGAGCUCAGGUCCUGCUAGGAUUAUCGCCAUAAUCUCUGUCAUGGUCAUCCUGAUAUCCAUUGUCAGUUUUUGCCUGGAGACCCUCCCCAUUUUCCGCAACGAUGAGGACGAUAUGCACAAGUCUCAAGCAAAAGUCUUUUCACCUGAGACCAACACCACAAUCAUCAGCUACACAAACACCUAUUUCACUGACCCCUUCUUCAUCCUGGAGACUCUCUGCAUUAUAUGGUUCUCCUUUGAGUUUCUAGUGCGCUUCUUCGCCUGCCCCAGCAAAGCAGGCUUUUUUGGUAAUAUAAUGAACAUUAUUGAUAUUGUCGCCAUCAUCCCUUACUUCAUCACUCUCGGCACGGAGCUGGCAGACAGGCCGGAGGAUGGUCAAGCGGGUCAGCAAGCCAUGUCCUUAGCCAUUCUCAGGGUCAUCCGCUUGGUGCGAGUCUUCAGAAUUUUCAAGCUCUCCCGUCACUCCAAGGGGCUUCAGAUUUUGGGUCAGACCCUGAAAGCCAGCAUGAGAGAGCUCGGCCUGCUCAUCUUCUUCCUCUUCAUAGGAGUCAUCCUUUUCUCAAGCGCCGUCUACUUUGCCGAAGCAGACGAGCCCGAGUCGCAGUUCGAGAGCAUCCCAGACGCGUUCUGGUGGGCUGUGGUGUCCAUGACAACAGUCGGCUAUGGGGAUAUGGUCCCGACUACGAUCGGCGGCAAGAUCGUGGGUUCCCUCUGUGCCAUUGCAGGUGUGCUCACCAUUGCCUUGCCCGUGCCUGUCAUCGUGUCCAACUUCAACUACUUCUACCACCGGGAGACUGAAGGCGAGGAACAGGCGCAGUACCUGCAGGUCAACGUGGCCAAAGCCGACUCAGCCGAGGAGCUGAAGAAGAGCCGGAGCGGCUCCACCAUCAGUAAAUCGGACUAUAUGGAGAUCCAGGAGGCUGUGAACAACAGCAACGAGGACUUUCAGGAGGAGAACCUUAAGACGGCCAACUGCACGCUGGCCAACACAAACUAUGUAAACAUCACCAAAAUGCUCACUGACGUGUAGUCAUCUGCUGUUUUCCUCCCCGUCACAGCGGGAAAAUGUGGAGCUGAGCAACCGGAUGGGACAGGUGUACAGCCUCCCACCUCACGUGUGCUGGAAAAAUCAAGGCAAUAGAAAUUCAGGAUGUUGAUGACGACGAUAGACAGUGAUAUAAAAUAUAUAUAUAUCUAUAUUGCAAAGACCAUCCGCUCACUCCGCCCGCGCUCAUCCUGUCUUCUCUCCUCACAACUUGCCCUUAAAACUCCUGAUAACUGUCAAACAGAGUGAAAUUUAAAAAUUUUGCAUUUCUGCAUGGAGUUGGCUUUGUCUGUGUGGCUGUUCUGGAAAAAAAAAAGAAGAAAAAAAAAAGAAUAAUGAUAAUAAUGAUACAGUACUUAAAGAUUCCCUGCUCACAACAAGUAGCCAAGAGUAGUGCACAAAAAGAAACGAAGAAAAAAAGGGAGAAACACAGCAAGAAAAAACUAACUUACCGCUUUCAAAAAGAGAGAAAAAAAAAAAGCAACACAACACAAGCCCCGCUUUAGUCCCGCGUCCCUUUGGCCCCCCCCAUUUCCCAAGGCACACUGCUCUGCCAUGCGCUUUUCUGAAGAGCCCUACUUGCGCGCUACAUAUGCUGCUUCCUGGAGCCAGUGAAACAAAAACUGUCUUAUGCUUCACCAUUAUAGGAAUAAGAAGGAUGUGUGAGCAUAAAGCGAGUCCCACUCCUGCGCUGAUGUGGCCUGUGGGCGACUUGUGACGAGGUUCGGUGGUUUUCAUACACCACGUAAAUUCUUUUCAAGGAUGAAUGACAGCCAUCGGCGCUAAGCUCAUGGUUCGACACCUUUCUUUUUUUCCCAGCAGGCAUCAGUAUCUGAUGAAUGACUGAGGAUGGCCUUGACUUAUCACUGCUUUGGUCUUACAUGUACUGUAUGUAUUGCAAUGCAAGCUUUCCCCCUUCCAUUCACCCAAAACUGGUCUUACUGCAGAGCUUUGAGGACAACUUGAAUGUUUCUUCUCGUUUUGUUUGUUUUUCACAGUUUAACACGCACACAAACGCACACACGCACACCCAGUACUUAUUCAUAUAGAUAAGUAGGUUAACUGUGACUUCACUGAUAGCCUGUAAGUAGGUAGGUGCUGUUAGUAACAAACAUAGCCAGUAGAUAAUUGCAUGACGUUUUUAUCUGAAUGAGAAUUUCCACUUGUUUCUCGACUGCCACUUGCUUCAUCACACACUGUAUAUUUGUCUGUACACUGCCUUCUAUACAAAAAAAACACACACACACACUUUUAGAAAGGAUGCCUGCAGGUAGCUGUCACAAGAACCUAAAACUGUACGUUAGAGGAAUUUCUUAAGGAAUAAAAUCAUAAGAGCAGCCCAGUCCUGCAACGGGGA